AUGGACUCCAUGGACUCCAUGGGCCUCCUCAACAGGUCUGAGGCGUCGUCGUCCUGCCCGCACGAUCUCGAGGAGAAGACGUCAAACGGGUACAGACUGACACCUUUUUGUGAUCAUGACGGAGAUCACUCCAGUGACAUGAGUGAUGACUCAACUUUCCGAGUGGACGAGGAUGGCCUUCCGCACGUGCUAAUGCACCAGAACACUGCCGAAUGCUUCCAUGCAUGGGUCUUUGUGCAGCAGCUGCUGCUCCACAUAUUCAUUCCCUUCAGCAUUCCUUUCUUCUUGAUCAUGGGGGAGGAGAAGACGCUUGCUAACACGCUUAUUUGGCCGUGUCCGUGUGGAGCCGUGGCAAUCUUCUGGAACCUAAUCCCAACGAUCGUCUACGCCAAUGUUGUUCUUUUUGCACUCUAUUACGAGAGUUUUGUGGAGAACGACAUUGGCGUCGCCGAGGUCGUGCUCGUGCCCUGUCUUGCCAUGAUCACCCAUCGCUCAAUGAUCGCUCUGAAGUACAGCGGGCUCUCCCCGGAGGAGUACGAACUCUGGCAAAAUGCACCGAAGCGCAUUGCAGCAAAAUGGACGGGUCAGAUGCAGCUCAUCUCCACAUGGCUCCCCGUUCCAGAUGACAUUCUGUUGAUGGAAAUGGAGAAGGGUUCACAUUUUCAAGGUGCUGACCUGCAUCAGAUAUUCUUUGAGCAGGAUGUGCAGGAUGUGAGCAGCUGGAGAUCUUGGCAGGUCUGGGACGAGAUGCUAACGGGACAUUGUACAAAUUCAGAGCUGAGAAGUUCUUCAUUGUGUCCGCGUCUCACUCGCGCCCUCUCCCGAGAGGUAAGUGUGAACUUCUCUCCGGGCAUUCGGCGAGUGAGUGCCCAUCAGGUACUGCACAUCCUGUACCGCCGCGCUGCUGACGAAAUAAGGGAGCAACAGAAAUUUAUAGUUGCAGGUGUUUUUGCACUCUUCCCGGCCCUUUUCCCAAUUGCCUGGCGCUGUGUGAAGUGCUACGGUGAGCUGGGUGAUGAAGCCCAUGUAGAGGACGUCCUGGGUGCCGGAUUUGGCAAGCAGAGCCAUGUUGUAUCCUACUGCGUGGUACAGGCCGCCCUUAUGGCGUACGCACACGGCUCCGUGUCAUCCGUCUUUGCAGUCAUCGGGAUUCUCCAUUAUCGGCGCAUGCAAAUGGUGAUGGAGUCGGUGCGGCAGCUGACUCGGCGACUUCCGUGCCUGUACCCGAACUUGCCACAGGUGCAGCUUGCAGGCCCCACGGCAGAAGCAAACGUCCGGGCAGUGGUCGCCUGCUUCGAGACUGUUCUUCGUUUGGGAAGCCGCUACCAGAGCCGCGUCGACUCUUAUAUCGGCACGCUGGCGCUGGCUUCGGCACUGGGUCUUGGCUUUGUCCUCGUUGGAGUCAUUGUAGGCGCACAUUCUCAGCUAAACGCCGGGAUUUGCGUAUGCCUUGUGGUCAUUUGUGGUGUUACAGCAGCAGUGAAUCGCAUGAUUCUUUGGGGUCGCCUUGCCAAUGAAAACUUCGGGAAACUUUCCGUCAACUUGUGUCGCGCGCGGUGGCACAAUUCCGUGACCGGGGCCCCAGAUUCUGAAGCAGCAGAUCAGGUGAUGAGCCUGGCUAUGGAGAAACUGGCCCUCCUAGCAGAAACGGAACCGGUGACCGUUGCCGCUUUGAUCCCCACGGCUGAUUUGGGGUAUAGUGUUGUCUCUGUGGUGGGCACUUUCGUGCUGUACAUCCUGGGCAAGUUGCUCCACGUCGAACUUCCUUUGUGA